AUGUCGCACGAUGCUAACUGCAUUUUUUGCAAGAUCAUUGAUGGAAAAAUUCCCUCCAUGAAGCUCUUUGAAACGGAUAAGUCGUACGCUUUCCUUGAUAUCGGUCCUUGCUCGCAGGGCCAUAGCCUUGUGAUCCCUAAGUACCACGCCGCCAAGAUGCACGAGCUUCCCGACGACUAUUUGCAAGAUAUUCUUCCUAUUGCGAAAAAAUUGGCUAUCGCGACGGGUGCUGCGGAGUACAACAUUUUACAGAACAAUGGCCGCAUGGCACAUCAAGUCGUGGAUCACGUCCAUUUCCAUGUUAUCCCGAAGCCUUCGACUGAGAAGGGUCUUGUGGUUGGCUGGCCAUCUACGCAGCCACCAAAGGAAGAGCUCCAGGCUAUUUACGAGAAGCUGCAGCAAAACAUGCCCAAGUAA